CCUGAAUUUUAUGAUCUUUUACAACCUAAUCAACCAGUCAAUCAUAUUCCAAAUAAUAAUCCUCAGCCUAUUCAACGUAUUCAAUCCAAUCAAAUUAUUUUUGAUCACUUUCAACUUGUUCGACACCAUAUUCAAAAUAAUAAUUUUUGCUCUCAAUCUAAUAAUCUUCAACUGCCUCAAUCCAAUCAAUUUAAUGAUUUUCCACAAUCUAAUCAAUUACCAAAUAAUAAUCUCCAGCAUAUUCAAAGCAUUCAACAAAAUAAUAAUGAUUUUUCUCAACCUAAUCAACUCAUUUAUGAUCAAAACCAUUUUCAAAAUAAUAGAAAUAGCUUUCAGUCUCAACCUAGUCAAAAUAAUGUUCAUCCUAAUCAAUUUCAAUUGCAAAUAGAUCAAGUGAAAAUAUAUUUUAAUACUAUACUUGAUGAACUAGGAAAUCAUCAAUUUAGUAAA